UUUCGUAUUAACGACUCGACUACUGAAUAUUAAACAAUUCCGAACUAAGAAGUUAGACAAAAGUACAGAAGAAGAUUACAUUUUUAAGCCAUUUCGCACGACCGUUAUUUUARUACGAGUAGAAAAUGACGUCAUUUGAAUGCAAAGGAGUGCUGGUGGACUUUCCCUACGAACCUUACGAAGUUCAGAAACGAUACAUCGAAAAGGUUCUGGAAUGUUUGCAAAACGGACAUAAUGGUGUGCUGGAGUCACCUACUGGAACAGGAAAAACGCUAUCAUUGCUAUGUUCAUCGUUAGCCUGGCUGUUGGCCAAAAAAGCAGCAAUUCAAGCAAACCGAAUGUGUCCAACAGAGAAUAGUUUAACUUUGUCAAUCAAUACAGCAGCUGGUGUUGAAAAGAAUCCAAACAGUGCUUGGAGUAAGCUUAAAUGUUUUUAG